GCCGUGGCACCGAAUAUGGAAACCAAAAACGCUACAGUCAGCAAGCCUCGACGUCUUUCAAUGGAGGGUCUCCAAAGAACGAUAUCCGACAUAUCGUUGGAGCUAAGCAAAGAAACCAUCGACCUGGCGGAGCAGCUUCCGCCCAUAUCCGAAGUGGAGGACGCCAACUGCGAGUGCUGCGGCAUGUCCGAGGAGUGCACUCCCGAGUACAUUAACCAAGUUCGAGACAAGUUCUCGGGGAAACUGGUGUGCGGACUCUGCGCGGAGGCUAUUAGCGAAGAGACCCAGAAAAACGGAGGCAAAAGGGAAGAAGCUUUGAACGAGCAUAUGAGUGCUUGUAUGAGGUUCAAUCGGUUCGAUCGGACUCACCCCGUGCUGUACCAAGCUGAGGCCAUGAGACAAAUCUUGAAGAAGAGUUCGGAAAUUCGGGCUAAGUCGAUGAGUCCUAGAGACAGAAGUGGUCCGAACAAGGGUGGUAGCGAGGAGCUUGAGUUGUAUGUCGGCUAUCGCCGAAGGAUUGGUGACCAGGCAAUGGUGAAUUAAGUGUCUUUGGUCUCGAAUAAGCCUUU